AGAAGGACGGCUCGUACCGAACCCGUGACCAACUCACUUCCAAAUGGAGCCACAUCAACAAAAAAGUACGAAAAUUUAUGGGAGUAUACGAGAAAUGCUCCCGGUCCCGGAGGAGCGGCAUGAACGACGCCGAUGUUCUCCGGCUUGCCACGACCCGGUAUCAAGACGACGGGAACCAAGGCAAGGUGCCCAUCGAUCUUUGGGGGAUUUUGAGUCGUUCCCCGAAGUGGCAACAACUCAACAAUUCAGACGGCGUAUCAUUCCGGAAAAGAUCCACCGUCGACGCCGAGGUUGAAGUCGACGAGACCAUCGGUUCUACCGAUCAAAUCCCUUCCUUCAACGUUGCGGUUUCCGAUGACGAGGACCCCAUUCCACGGCCGAUCGGAAGAAAGAAGGCAAAAUCAAUUGCCUCUGGUUCGGGAGGGUCCGCCUCUAUUUCUGCUUCUCCCUGCGACGAAAUCGGCCGGGCAAUGGUUGAACAACUUCGCGCGUUCAAUCUCCAAGAACAAGAGAGGAUGAAACUUAAAGAGAAGGAGUUGAAGCUAAAGGAGCAGGAGGCCGAGAUGAAAGUCAUGCAAACCGACCCCGCGACGUUGUCGGAGUUUGGACGAAUUAUCUACGAGCAAAGAAUGAGAGAGAUCAAGGAGAAAUAUAAUUUUCCUUAGUUUUUUUAUUAAUGUAUCUUUUUUUUAAAUUAUUGUCGCUUUUUUUUAUUUAAUU